UUAGCACACAUGUGUCGCUAUCACAUGCGUCGCUAUCACACGUGUCGCUAUCACAUGCGUCCGCCUGUGGAUACAAUUCUUUGCCUCGACUCAGACGCAUCUACCGAAUCUACCGCUAUCACCGCCGCCAUGAUGCUGAACGGCUACGAUUUGUCAGUGUCAGCAGCACACAUGUGUCGCUACCGUCCCCACCUCGUCAACCCGCAUGCGUCGCAAUCGCUGCAGCCUCGAGAACCGCCAGGCUAGAACUACCAGCGGGACUGUGCGGCGAUUCGCUUCCGAUAAAUCUAAAAUCACGCGACCCUGUGCCUUGUGGCCAUGACGCCGCGUCAUAUGGCCUUCUCGAGAGGUGCCGGGACCCGUCCGGCUUUCAUAUGGCAGUCCGUGCCUAGGGAGCCUGUAAUCCGUGCGAGGAGAUCGUAUAUCCCUGCGUGCUCCACAGGCCGUGGAGUUGCCCCCCGGUUGCCGUGGAGUUUUCGUGUUGUCUGUGCGACCCUGGCGGGUGUUAAGGUCAUUCGCUUAAGCUCUACUGCUCCAGUCGUGCGUUUGACGAGACACCUGCCUGCGUCGUAACGGCCCCUCCGAGGGGUCGAUCCGACAAGUCUCGAUUCUCGGUUCCUGCCGCCAUGCCGUCGCCUCCACCGUCUAGUGACGCCAACCACGGCGAUUUUGUUGCUCCUAACGCUGCUUCUGACAACGUCAACAGCGCAGCAUCCCAUGUAUCCGAUGAUGUCAAGAAUGCGCCGAACGUCAGCCAUGGCAAUUCUGCUGACUCCAAUGAUAACAUCGGCGAGGCAUUGGACACCGUUGAUCGUCCCCUGAUGCCUUUUCCAGCCCGUGGAUCCCCUUCCGCCUCGCCUUCCGCCUCCUCCGCGUCCUCCGCCUCCCCCCGCUCCCUCCCGUUCAUCCCUGGCGUCUGGGCCCGCCUCAGGUCUUACUUCCUCGCUCCUUGGAAGAGCGAGCACCUGCCUGUCACCCGAUCAGACCCCCAGCAGCAAUCUCCCCAGCAGCAUCUCCAUAAGCACGACGACUAUGAUCCAGAUGACGCUCCUGAAUCCCAUGAAUUCCACCUCUCUCUUCCCUCUCACCCCUCUCACCCCUCUCACCCCUCUCACCCCUCUCACCCCUCUCACCCCUCUCAUCCCUCUCAUCCUCUCACCCCUCUCACCCCUCUCACCCCUCUUACCCCUCUCACCCCUCUCACCCCUCUCAUCCCAUUCACCCCUCUCACCCCUCUCAUCCCUCUCACCCCUCUCAUCCCUCUCAUCCCAUCCUGCACCGUCUAAGAGCAACCCCCACUCUCCUCAACAACGCUCUCCUGCUCCUCCUCUCCCUCCUCAUCAUCCUCCCCCUCCUCGCCAUCCCCCUCCUCGCUCCCCGCUCCCCUCUCCCCCUGACCGCCUCUGCUGCGCAGCUGGCAGCAGAGGGGCCUGGGACACAUGUUUGGGGGGCGGAGGGGCGUGGCGUGGGGAGCAGUGAGGGGGGAGAGAUGGGCACUGGGGAGGUGGGCAGCGAGGACGAAGAGGUGGGCAGCUGGGGGAGAGACGCGGGAGAGAGUGGUGGCAGUGGUGGUGGCAGUGGUGGUGGCAGUGGUGGUGGCAGUGGUGGUGGCAGUGAUGAUGGCAGUGAUUGUGCAGAGCCUUCCAUGUGCUCGGCUGCCAGGAGCCUAGAGGCGGUUCUGAGAGACCUGGCCACGUCAGCAGAAAUGCCCCCUCCAAUGGUAAGCACGCAAGCAGCGUCUGACGCAGCAGAGAGUGCAGCUGAUGCAAGCAGCAGCAGCACGGGCAGCAAUCUGUCCAGCAGUGGUGUUACUGACAGCGUUACUGACAGCGUUACUGACAGCGUUACUGACAGCGUUACUGACAGCGUUACUGACAGCGUUACUGACAGCGUUACUGACAGCGUUACUGACAGCGUUUCAGGGAGCGCUGGAGAGAGCAGCACGGGAGGAAGCCCAGAGAGAACCGUAGAGAGCAGAAGUGCAAGGAGCGGUGCUGAGGAUGCUGGCAUCAGCAGUCUAAGAGGCAGAAGUGUGGCAGGGAGUGGACGUGUCGGCGAGGCAGUAGCAGAGGAGGGGGAGGCAGGGCGUGGCGCGGUGAUAGUGACUGUGCUGUCAGAGGCAUGGAUACCCAUGAUGAAGAUGUUUCUAACGCGGAUGAGACUGCUGGACGACAGAGAGGAGCAGGAGAAGAAUAGCGAGCAACAUGCAGCCGCUGCAUUCUCGCCUGCAUCAGCUGCUGUAGAAAUUUCUGACUCUGCUGCUGUGCCUGCCACCGGCCAUGGCACCCCACUGCCAGGGCCAGGCGUGCUGGUGCCGCGCCUACUGGUACUGUGCUACGAUCAUUGCAGCCUUGCCUUCUGCUGCUCGCUCCGCCUGCACUGCUUCCUCGACAUGCAGGAGGAUGCACCAGAGAGUGAGAGGGACAACUUCAGUGGCGGGCAGAAGAAAUUCAUGACCCCCUCCUAUCUUCACUUGAUGUGGCGGCGGCUACACAUAAUCAGGAGGAUCAUAUCUUUUGGAUUUGAUGUGAUCUUCACAGACAAUGACGUCAUGUGGCUGCAGAACCCCCUGCCCCACCUGCUGCCUGUCUCAGCUGACAUCCAGAUAGCGUGCGAUCGCUGGUCGGCGGACCCCAAGGCGGCAGCAGCCAAUGGGGGCUUCUACCUGGCUCGGAGCAAUGCCCGUGUGCUGCGCUUCUUUGACUACUGGAUGGACGCUCACAAACGCUUCCCUGGCAUCCAUGAUCAGGAUGCUUUCAUGCGAGUGCGGCCCGAAGCAGACCUCUACACCCGUGAAUCUCUCCAUCUCUCCAUCCACUACCUGCCGACAAACCGCUUCGGCGGUUUCUGCGAGAUCGGGCGGCAGCUGGGGCGGCUGGUUACUGUUCAUGCGAACUGCUGUUUCGGGUUGGAGGAAAAGAUGCGAGUGCUGCAACAGGUUCUUGGUGACGUGGAUUGGUUUCAGCAGCUUCCAUUGGUGGACAGGGUGGGAGUGGGGCGGUACAACUUGGAAUGGACUGGGAGAAACUGUAGCAGUAAUGUGUAGCAAGUGAAGAGUACAACAACGAAGGGGUCAUGGCAUGGGAGUGUGUAGACAAGGAAAGAAGGGUGUGCGAGUAAGUGCCAUGCAACGUCUUUCACUUGGAUACAUGCUCCUUAGGAAAACAUAGCCGCCUCACUGGCAGGGUGUGUUUGACAAAUUCAACAAAUUCAGUGCCAUGAGAGGGCGAGAAGCAAGCAAAUGGAGGAAGAGGUUGAGCCAUUCGCACACUUGAUACAUGUUAUUGUUUUGGUUGGGAUGUAUUGUAAACUUAUGGCGACUG